AUGCCGCUCCUAUACGUUAGGGCCGUCGCCCCCUUCAUGUCCGGCCACAACGCAACAGACGUAAUAAUCAACGAAAUCCACUUCAACCGCACCACCCUCGACCAUUACAAUUACACCCUCUACACAAAUGGCACUCUCUCCAACGGCACAGAUUGCUACCUCGCCUUCCAGCACUUCCGCCCCUACAUGUUCGCCAACAACGGCUCCUUCAUCAACGGGACUUCCUGCUACGCGCCUAUCCAUGAUAUCGGCCGCCAUGCCGGUGUGGGUAUGGCAUUCGCCUUACUCUUUGCUAUCUCGAUUAUAUUCAACUUAAUUGGGUUGAGGAAGCAUGGACGGCGGUACCUGCCGCCUCCGGCGGAUGAUUUCGAGAGGAGAUUGCGCUUGAAUUUGAAUUUGCCGAUUGAUAAGCGCUGGACGCCAGUUGGGAGGCGGUGGAAAUGGUACUGGUUGCUUGCGUUGAGUGUAAUUGGGGCUGUGGGGGCGUUUAUGAGUAUUGAUGUGGACCGAGACCAUGUGCAGAGUUCGCCGUUGGUUAUCCAGAGUAUUUUUUAUACGCUUUUGACGCCAGUUAUGAUGUCGGCGGUUUGGGAGGGUGUGCGCCAUUGGGCAACAUUCCAACAUCGCCAGAUCACAUCCCGCGACCCCUACGCCUUCACACAGAAAUCCACCCGUGAAACACAAGAACUCUACCUCCCGCUCGUCUUCUACGUUUUCGCAUUCAUAAACUUCUUCCUCGCCGUCCCGCGCAGCUGGGACAGCAUCGAACUCCAGCGCAGCCCGUCACAAACUCUAAAUCGCGCGAAACCCUUCGCCACAGACUCUCGCUUCAAAGCAGCGGGAUUCAUGGCCCUAGUCGCUGUUGCUGUUAUCUGCUACAGCCUUGAGCACAGUAUUUACCGGUACAUCCCGAAACCGAUCUCCACCAGUGCUCGAAGAAAGACAUGCGGAAGACAGGCCAUGUUCUACAUCCAAGGCGCGCCCUCCCAGUACCUCCUCGCGGUAAUCCUGCUCCUCGUCAAAAUCGCCUACGACAUCGCCUCAGCCUGGGACUGGAACAUCUCACCUCUCCGCUACGGCGUGCAUCCAGGGUGGAUCUACGGUCUGGGAUUCGCCCCAGCCAUCCUACUCAUAACACUGUUUAACAUUGUGGGCCUCUGCGAGAUAAACGAGGACAAAGCAAUUAUCUCACAACACAUGGAGAUCGAAACCGCGCUCGCCAGCGACACUCCCCUAGGCAAAAAGAGUCGGAUGGAUAAAUGGAUCGGUCGGUUGCAUUUACCCAUGAGUACACAUAGACGGGAGAAAGAGGCGCGCGCUGUUGAGAUGGAGAAUAUUAAGAAGGAUGAUGGGGUUGAGGUUACUACUGCGGAGAGGGGUAGUCGGUCUAGUGGGACUGUGACUAGGAAUCCUUUUUUGGAUAAUAGUAGUGCGGAGGAUUUUGUGGAUGAGAUUUUUAAAGAUGUUGAGGAGAGGCAGCGGGUUUAG